UAAUGUUCAAAAACUCCAAAAUUAGCACACCAAGGCAAUUAAAAAAAAACUGACAGCACCAUCGGCAUGUCAAUCAGGUCGGCACCGCCCACACCUGUGCGAAUGGCGUCCCCUGAAAAACACAAUGGCCAAAAAGAAAAUGAAGCGGACGAUUAAACAGUGCACUUAACCGGAAAGUCAAAAUUAUAAUUUCUCCAGUCUUUUGCCACAAAUAUUUUUAAAAAUUCCCAAUAAAGGGAUCAGAAUGCUAUAACUUGGUCUAUGGGGCUAAUCAAGCCAACAAAGUGUAAAGGAAUAACAAAUUAGAAAGUGCAAGGGAAGUCUCCGGCGAGAUGCUUACGCACUUAGUUAUCAUCUUUCUCCGAAAACACACACACGGGUGCACAAUGACAGUGCAAGUGUAAACUGUGAUGCAAGGGGACUUCCAGGUGCAUUUCUACAUUAGUGACGUUGUUGUUUUGAUGCUGUGCAAUCGAGUCCUAUACAUCAUUAAAAGCUGAGAGGAGUUGGGGUGUUUGAUUUUUUAUUCUCUCUCUCACCCUCCUUGUAUUAAAUCAUUUAAAUGAUGUUAUUUUAGGGUUACUUAUUAUUUCAACUUUUUGCUGUAAUUUCCUCACGAUCCAAACUAACACGGAAGUUAGGGAUCAUCUCCAGAGAUGAAAGGAGAGGCUGCAGAAUGUACGGCCAGAAAGGUGCCGAAGUAUUAUAGGAUGUCACCGGUCAUAGAAAAGAGCUCGUCCUUCAGCCUAUUUGAGCUUCAGCCUGAAACUCCAAAACUAAAGGACUAUGUAAGGUCCGUGUGCAUCUCUGAUACCCAUUUUGCAACUAAUAUUCCACUGCCUGAAGGGGAUGUUCUGAUCCAUGCAGGAGAUUUCUCAGAAUUAGGCAAACAACAUGAAAUUGAAAAGUUUUGUGCAUGGCUGGACACAUGUAAUUUUGAGAAGAAAAUAGUUAUUGCUGGCAACCAUGACUUAUCUCUUGAUAAACAGUACCUUGAGGAGGGCGGACUGUACUGCAAGUUUAUGAAUCUGGACCCUGGUUUUGAUGCUGUGUCCCUGGUGAGUAACAGCUGCACAUACCUACAAGAUUCCUUCACGACUGUUCAAGGAUUGAAGAUCUAUGGAUCUCCUUGGACACCAGUGUUUGGUGACUGGGGAUUUAACUUUCAUCGAGAUAAGCUCAUGGAGAAAUGGCAAAAGAUUCCCAGUGACACUGACAUUUUGAUAACUCAUGGCCCCCCUUAUGGUAUCUGUGAUGGAGUGCCCAAUGCUGGCCAUGCCGGAUGUGAAGCUUUAACAACUGUUGUAAAUAAAAUAAAACCAAUGUUACAUGUGUUUGGUCAUAUUCAUGAGGGAUAUGGACAUAUCUUUAAUGGAGAGACACUUUUUGUGAAUGCCUCGUGUCUUACCAGAGCACGAUUACCUAACAACUUACCAUUCGUAAUAGACCUGCCUGUUCCUUCCCAUAAUACCAGUAUUUCUUCAGAACCUUCCCUUAAUACCAAUAUUUCUUCAGAACCUUCCCAUAAUAUCAGUAUUACUUCAGAACCUUCCCAUAAUACCAAUAUUUCUUCAGAACCACAGGUUUCUAGACAGCUUACACCCAAACGAAAGAAGUGUUGUGGCCUUGGGGCUAUGAUGUCCUGCUUUUAUCACAGAUGUGGCAGAAGUUCCUCAUCAUGACACAGGAGAACAGUAUGACAGAGUCCAUUUCUGGGCUGAAAGCGGGGGCCCAGUACACAGGACUGGGACCUCUUUUAGUACUGCAUACCAGUAGAUGAAUCUGUUCGAACUUUGCCCAAUAGUUUACUCUAGUGUAUUUUAGGAUUUAACACAAUACUCAUGGUUAACUUUCCUUUGCUUAUUUUUGUUCACUGUGCAGGUUUGAUGCUAUAUCUCAGCAUUACAUUUGUGUUUUCAUACUCUACAAUGGUAUAUUAUUUCUCUAAGUGUUUUAUAUUAUGCUUAAUCCAUUAAGCUGCACAGUGUAAGGCUUCAUAGCUGUUUUUCUGAACAAAAAUGAGUUAUUUUAUAUAUCUCUUACAUUCAAGACUGUUAUUAAUGUAUUGUGUUGCACUCUGUUACUGCAGUGUUCUCCACAGCACAUAUUGCUUCCUAAGGUACAAACCAGUCUAACAGUAUGGACUGAGUAUUUGCACACAUUUCUGAAUGUCUUGUGUACAAGAAGAAACUCUGUAUUAAAUGGUAAUUGUUGGAUGCA